AUGCCAACAACGAUUAAUGAUUUUAUUAUAAUAGACAAAUUAGGAGAAGGCUCCUUCAGUCAAGUCUACAAAGUAACAUCCUUAUAACAUAUUUUAAUAAGGUCAAAAGAAUUACAGACAAUUAGUUUUAUGCAUUAAAGAAGGUUAAUCUCUCUCUUCAAACUCAAAAUGAAAAACUAAAUACACUCAAUGAAAUACGAAUUCUUGCUUCAAUUAAUAGUCAAUAUAUCAUUGAAUACAAAGAUUCAUUUUUAGAUUCAGAUGGCUGCAUUCUUUAUAUUGUAAUGGAAUAUGCUCCAAUAGGGAAUCUCAUACAACUCCAAUAAUAGAAUGUAAUUACAAAUCAAGAAAUAUGGAGAAUUGCAGUAUAAUUACUUUUAGGAUUGAAAUGUCUUCAUGACAAUCAAAUUCUACAUAGAGAUCUUAAACUAGCCAAUAUUUUAGUUGUGAAAUCUUUAUCAGGUUAUUAAUAUAAAAUAAGUGAUUUGAAUAUUAGUAAAAUAGCUAAAGGGAAUAUUGCUAAAACCAUAAUUGGAACACCAUGUAUUGUUUUAUUUAUAAUAAGUGUAUGCUGCUCCUGAAGUUUGGCAAGGUAUAUAAUAUUCAUACCCUUGUGAUAUAUGGUCUCUUGGAUGUCUGCUUUAUGAAUUGGCUAAGGGUGUACCUCCAUUUAAUGGCAAAGACUUAUAAGAUUUGAAUUAAAAAAUAUAAUCAGGAUAGUUUGACCCAAUAAAUAAUUAGGAUCUCAAUCAAUUUAUAUCUUUUAUGUUAAAAGUAAAACCAAAAGAUAGAUUUACUUGUGAUCAACUCUUAUAAUCCUCAUUGUUAAUAAAAAAUAGUGGCAAUCUAGCUGUUUAGACUAUAGUAGAUGGUAAAAUAUAAAUUGAUCUACUAUAAACAAUAUAAAUACCAAAAAAUCUCAAAUAAUUAAAUCUGCCUUCAUAAAACUAUAUUACUAAACCCAAAAGAUCUGAAUCUUGUCAAAAACUAAAAACUUAGAAUACCAUCCAAACUAAAAUUAAUACUAAUUAAAUAAAUUAGUUACCUCCAAAAAAAUCAGGUUAAUCUGAAAUUUAAUAACCUCCUCCAUUAGCACCAAAUAGAAUAGCCAGACCAAUACUUUAACAUUAAGCUUCAGCUCAUAGAAAUAAUCCACUUUAAAUCACAUCUUAAAGAGAUCCUAGAUAGAUUACACGAUAAGGUAGUGCAGGACCAUUAAGUAGAAGAUGA